AUUCAGCUAGCUCAGGUAGAACAUCACAGUAGCUGCUCGAUCGGAACCAACUUACCGCGCAUAAAUAAUGAGAUGAGAGGGGCCCUAGCUCGCUCGCGAGAUACACAUAUAUAAAGGGCCAAGAGCAGGCGCAAUGAGUGUGUAGGCUGUAGUGGGAUUUCGUCUUCACCGUUGCGAGUCGGGAGAGAUAUAUAGCAAAGAUACCACCGGCCGGUCGGGACAAAUGGAUAGAGAAGAUGAAAUAGAGAUGGAGAUGGGAGCAGAGGCAGUAGCGCAGGUGAUGGCACCGCCGUCUCGGUUCAGGAGGGUAUGCGUCUUCUGCGGGAGCAGCAAGGGCAACAAGACGAGCUACCAGGACGCCGCCAUCGAGCUUGGCGAGGAGCUGGUAGCAAGGAACAUUGAUCUGGUGUACGGAGGAGGGAGCGUGGGGCUCAUGGGCCUGGUCUCUCAAGCGGUCUACAGCGGAGGGAGGCAUGUCAUCGGGGUGAUUCCCAAGACUCUCAUGCCUAGAGAGAUAACAGGUGAGACUGUGGGGGAGGUGAAGGAGGUGGCUGGUAUGCACCAAAGGAAGGCUGAGAUGGCCAGGCAAUCUGAUGCCUUUAUAGCGCUCCCUGGGGGCUACGGAACACUCGAGGAGCUUCUGGAAGUAAUCACGUGGGCCCAGCUUGGCAUCCACGACAAGCCGGUCGGGCUGCUGAACGUGGACGGCUACUACAACGCUCUGCUCUGUUUCAUCGACAAUGCCGUGGAUGAAGGGUUCAUCAAGCCCACCGCCCGCCACAUCAUCGUGCUGGCUCCCACGCCCAAGGAACUGCUCGACAAACUGGAGGAGUACUCUCCUCGGCACGAGGAGGUCGUGCCCAGGACGAAGUGGGAGACGACGGAGCAGCUGAGCUGCUGCAAGAUCCCUGCACUGAAAGAGGGCACGGUGAUCCUCCCGGCGCAGCGAGGAAGCAUGCUGUGAGCUCGGUCAGGUUCCGAGGGGGGCUCUGAAUUAACCCUGUUGCCGGUGGAUGCGCAAGCUGCAAACCUAGAGCACCCCGUUGCCUCAUUGCCUUGUUUUAGUUCCUGUAGCUCUGGUAGAACGUACCUAGGUCGAUUGAUCACUGAUGUACGUAAUCAUGUGUUAUGUGCUAUGAGGUGUAGAGCUAAGAUUCAGAUGGUAUGGGUUAAGUUGGAAUCUGUGUGUCGGGUAUGCUAGUUGUGUACAGCCAAGGCUCAAAUGGAUCAGUUCCAGCG